AUGGCGGUGCCGCUCGACGUGGAACGCCAGUUUGGUGCCAUCGUCGCCGAUGCUGCCAAGGCCUACCGCGUCAAGUCCGGAAACAAGAUGAAAGACUUCCUGUCCCCACCCAUGCGGUCCAUCGACGACCUCAAGCGGGAGCUGAGGGUGCAAAAUGACCAUUUCUCCGCCUUUCGCGCCCGUCGUCGCGCCCUCUUCGACACCCUGGGUGCCGCCUUUGCCCCCGUCGAGGUUGCUGGCGAUGUCUUGGUCGGCGUCGCUUCCGCCGUCUUUGCACCGACGCAGGGCAUCUACGCCGCCGUCUUGCACCUGACCAAGGCUGCGCAGAAUGUGUCGGCCACGUACGACUCCAUUGUCGAGCUGUUCGUCCAGCUCGCGGACUUUACAUCACGCCUCGACGUCUACGUCAAGCACCGGCUCUCGCCCGCCCUGCGCGACAAGCUCAUCGCCAUACUCGCGGCCCUCUUCCAGGUCCUCGUCCUUUCGGCAAACGAGGCUCGUCAGGGCCGCUUCAAGGCAUAUUUCAAGCGCCUCAUGGGCCUCGAGAAUCCCGUCCAACCCGCCCUCGAGUCCCUCAAGUCGUUGACCUCGGGUGAGGAGCGCCAAGUGGCGGCCGACACCUACGGCGGCGUCUCCAGAAUAGAUGCAAAGGCCGACAGGAUCGAGGUCGCCGUCACCCAGGUCAACCAGACGGUCCAAAAUAUCCGGUCGGAGCAGUCUGAGCGUGCCGCCAGCGGUGACAAGCUCCGGAAGGUAUUGGCGCCCUCGCCCUUCCCCGAGGACUUCUACAACGCCUUUCGCAAGUCCAUCGUGCCGGGAACCUGCGAAUGGAUCCUUCGAGACGAGGGUUUGAAUGCAUGGGUCCGGGGAGAGAAGCCAUAUCUCUGGAUAUCCGGCAAUGCGGGAACCGGAAAGUCCUACCUCACGGCGCGCAUCAUCAGAUGGGGAAAGGAAACCUUUGACCAGCGCACCAGCGUCGGCUACUUUUUCUUCCGCGCAAACAACCCCGAGACGAGGUCGGUGCUGCAAGCGCUGCGCGACGUGGCCUAUCAGCUGAGCGAGGGCGAUGCCUUUUACGCCAGUGAGCUCAUGCAGAAGCUUCAUGGUGAGGACGAAAUCAGGACCGUCCCGAGUGCCUUCCGCCAGCUCUUUUGCACUCCCCCUCCCGAUGGCCCCGUCGACCGGACCAGAUACGUAUUCUUCGAUGGCAUCGACGAGGCCGACGAAGACGAGAUCAAGCAGCUCCUGUCCAUGCUGGCACCGGAUGACAACCUACGGCCGGGGUCCCGACCGCGCUUUCAGUUUGCCCUCGUCGGCCGGUCGUACAUGUCCGACAAGCUCACGGCAUCGCUCGACCCGCCCGUUCCCGGCGGUACCCUGACCACGGUCCAGGUCACGUCGGACCGCAUCGCCAUGGAUGUCAGCGCCUUCAUCCACGACAGCGUUCUCCACUCCAGGGUGCUCGGCCGCACCAACGUCGACUUCAAGAGGAGGGUCAUGGAGGCGCUUGAACGAAAGGCCGACGGCCUGUUCAUCGUGGCCAAGUUCAUGAUGGACGACGUGAACCGCAAGCGUCAUCAGAGUUCCAUCCUCGAAAGCCUCGAGGCCUACCCGAAGGAGAUUGACGGCGUGCUGCAGAGGACGCUCGACAGUCUCGCCAAGAGCAUAUCGAGAGAGGAAGCCCUGACCCUCGAGCAGCUCGAGGCCGUCCUCGUCAUGGAGUUUGGAGACUCGCCCCUGUUUUUGGAGGAGUCGAUGCGACGCCAGUACGCCUGCUUCUUCGAGCUCGAACGCCAGGACGGCUUGACCACGGACGACCUCGUCAAGGACUUUGACAGGGCGCAGCGAAACCUGAAGCGGGACGUCGGUCCGGCGAGGACGGCCCACGGACGAAGCCUGAGCGUCGGCGACGUGCCGGUUCCCAGACAGCAUCUCAGCCCUGCCGUUCGCGUGAGCACGAGUAGGCAUUCGAGCCCUACCGUGAGCCCGCCAAGGCCGCUGAGCCCGCUGCACGCCGAACUGCUCGACUCGGCGAGCGACGUCGAGUUCCGGUCCAACGAAUCCACGACGCACGUCACCUUUUUUCACACGUCGGUGCACGAGUUCUUCCGGCACGGACGCUCCGCCCAGGCGGCGGCGGUCGAAUCCACCGUCGGCUUCGACAUCAACAAGGCUCGCAUCCACAUACUGAAAUCCUGUCUCAAGAUUUUCACCCAACCGGCCUGGUUCGCCGGCCUGGACCUCGGUCGUGGAAAGCAGGCGAUCAAGCAAUACGCCGCAUGGUACUGGCAGGAGCACGUGGCCGCCAUCGACCCGGCGGGUGUGUCCGACGACGACAAGCGAGCGCUUGGGCCUCAGCUAUACCUGAUGCUGACGGACGAGAGCACCAUGUUCGACUGGAGCAUCACGUACGAGAAAAACGACGAGGGUUUGGACAUCUUUAGCGAUGGCAACAUGCACGGUCUGCGACGAUGGCUCAACGAUCCGGCAGUCAUCGACGGCCUCGACGAUGGAGCCAAGACUUUUGCGAGGCGAUCGUUUGAGAAGCCCGUGACGGUCUGCGAGCCCAUGGGGCGAUUUUAUGCCAAAGCCUGGCUGGCCGCCGACUGCGCACAUUACGUCCCAACGCGCUUCUGCUUCAAGAUUGUGCACAACGUCGCCUUUGUGAGCUCGGGGCACGAGUGGUCUCAGGCAAACCUCCACUGGCCCGACGUCUCGAUCGAGGAACGGGUGGCGACGGCGACGGCGUGGGCGGCUCAGCCCGAGACGGCUCACUGGCACAGGCGCGUUGGGAGCACGUACCUGACCAUGGAGAUGCACGCCGAGGCGCUCAAACAUUACGAAACGGCUCUCGAGAUGGACGGCAGCAGCGUCGAGACGUCCGGUCGCAUCGCCUUUUGCCUCUACAGGGAUGAGCGGUACGGCGCCGCCUUGGAUCAAGCCCUCGAGUGCGCGGCGAUGGAGGAUCGCGACAUGCGCCAAGGCCGCUGGCGGGGAGGCGCGCUCGGGCAGAGCAGGUGGCGGCUGUACAAGGAUUUCCUUCUCAUCGCCCAGUGCGCGUACCGCACCGGCAAGCUGGAGGUUGCCCACGAGCACUUUGGCAAAGCCAUCGGCAGCGCCGAAGGGGCGGGCCUCAACGAGGACGAGUUUCUCGAAGCGGAAAGGGGCUACUUUGAGGUUCUCUCGUUGGAAAACCUGUACGGCGCGGUCAUGGAUCUCGCGGAGCAGAUGGCGGCGCCUUCGACGCGAAGCAGGUAUGGUCAGAGCCGCUUCGUCAACCUGCUGGUGACCAGCUACCGGACGCGGCUCGUCAUGGACUGGAUACCCAAGGCCGCGAGCAAGACGGGCAAGACGGAUUUUCUGCAGCAGCGCCUGUCGCUUGCCAUCGAGAUUGCCGACGUCCACCUGCGCGAGACGCUGGUCGUGUUGCACCUCCGGUUGGCGCUGGGGACGACGUUUGCGUACGCCCGGGACAUUGACCGGGCCAUCGCCGUCUUCGAGCAAAUCUCGCUGGACGAGUACCGUCCGCGCGGGAGCAUACCUACGCGGCAGGCGUACGCCAUGUCGUUCCAGAGGCUCGCCGCCCUGUACAAGCAAAAGGUUCUCGACGCCGGCUGGACGUCGGCCGAAGCCAGGGCGUGGAUCGGCAGGCUCGAGGUGGUGCAGCAGAAGCAGGACGAGCACCACAACUUCAACAUGCCGCCGUACAUGCUGGGAUCGGACGUCAACGCCGCGUCCAUCUACCUCGCCUGCUUCUACCGGCACCUGGGCAGGGAGUCGGAGGCCGAGGCGCUGCUCCGGGCGCUCAUACGGGACAGCCUCGACCUGCUGUCGGACGGCGAACCGGAAAACGACGUGUUUGCGCUCGACAACCUGUUCCGGAUCUUCACGGCGGCGGGGGAGACGACGAACGCGCAGGCGCUGGCGCGAUCGAUGCGCAAGGUCAACCCGGAAGCGUCGUUUAGCACGAUUGGCGAAUCGCCGGCGGAGCACCUCGGCGAGCCGAAGCUGCCGGACAUUCAAUGCUACAACCGCAGCUGCUUCCAGUGCUUCAAGAACAUGGCGGCGUGGGAGGAGUUUGUCGUGUGCCGCUACUGCGUGGAGUGCUUCUGCCGCCGGUGCUUGGACAAGGUGAUUAAGGCGGCGGACGACGAGGUGGGCGAGGGCAACGACAAGGUGGGCGAGGGCAGCGACAAGGUGGGCGAGGGCAGCGACAAGGUGGGCGAGGGCAGCGACAAGGUCGUCUGCCGACGCGACCACGCGUGGUUCACGGUGCCGCCGCUGAACCGGCUGCUGCACACGGGGGAGAUUUUGCUCGAGGACGGGAGGGUGCAGAGCUUCGCGGCAUGGAAGGACAAGGUGAGGGAGAGGUGGAGCGUCGGGGACAGAAUGGCGUGUAAAGUCGUCGUAUGUUGA